UUGUUCCCUUCCCUUCCCCAGUCCUUUCCCAAUCUCCCUUUCUCAUCAAUCUGGUUUUCCUUCAAUUGGGUUAUUUGAGAGACAACCAUGAAUUUCCGCAACCUUUUUCUGACGGUCUUUUUGGCCUUUGCGGUUGGAUUCGCUCUGGUCCAUGCUGAGGAAUCCAAGGAGCCGCGCGGGCCGAAGAUUACCAGUAAGGUCUACUUUGAUAUCGAGCAUGGUGGUAAGCCCAUGGGCCGUGUCGUGCUUGGUUUGUAUGGCAAGACCGUUCCCGAGACUGCUGAGAACUUCCGUGCCCUCGCGACCGGCGAGAAGGGCUUUGGCUAUGAGGGUUCGACCUUCCACCGCGUUAUCAAGAACUUCAUGAUCCAGGGUGGUGACUUUACCCGUGGUGAUGGUACCGGUGGCAAGUCGAUCUACGGCGACAAGUUCAAGGACGAGAACUUCAAGAUCCGUCACACGCGCAAGGGCCUGCUCAGCAUGGCCAACGCCGGCAAGGACACCAACGGAUCGCAGUUCUUCAUCACGACCGUGCCAACUCCCUGGCUGGAUGGCCGCCACGUGGUGUUCGGCGAAGUCCUCGAAGGCUACGAGGUGGUCGAGGCCGUGGAGAACGUGGACAAGAACCCCGGCGACAAGCCCAAGGAGACGAUCAAGGUGGUGAAGAGUGGCGAGCUGGAAUCAGGGGCCAAAGGUAGCCACGAGGAGCUCUAAACGCCUGUUCCGUCCCCCUCCCUCUCCGUGCUGCGUUCCUGAAGAUAUCCACCGUGUGCUGAUGGGUGUUGGGGGUUCUUCUUCCCCUGGUUGCGUUGGCGCUUGAAGACGAGACUGCCGACGACUUUGCCGAAUACUCGGACACCGUGACGGAGGCGACAGAGACGGAGACGUUGACGUCUUCGUCUUCGACGUGGUACGUGGGGAAGAUGCUGGUGUUGGUGGUGCUGGUCGGAAUGCUGGUGGUGUAUAUCAAGAACCAUGGACAGAAGAAGGAGUCGGACCAGAAGAGCAUGGUGUGAUGUAUUUUUCAGUGACUAACCAUUAACAAUAUGAGGACAUUGCCACCUAGUGAC